UGCACAGAAUAUCAAUAGAGCGUGAUAUAAAUUUCACACAAGGGACAGAUGAACUGAAAGGGUCAUUUUUAAUAUAUUUGAGUCAUGUUUUUACUCUCAAAUUUUGUACAUUACACAUUACAGAUAUAGCUGCUAUGGAGCCAUAUAUUCAGAGAACAGCUCUCAUCUUAUAAAUAUGAUGGAAACUUGUGCAACGUAUGCAUAAGAGGAACCAGUUAAUCAAGGAGCGAUAACCCAAACUGAAUUAUAAUGUUAUUUACACAUGGACAAACAAGAAUCAAUGAGGGGGAAAAGUCCAAAUAAUGUAUGUCAAAAUUAAGUGGCAAUGGAACAAUAUGAGGAGAUGAUUGAACUUUGAACUUUAUAAUGAAGUUUGGAGAAAGCAAGCCUUACCAUAAAUCACCUGCUUAUUCAGUGUGAAUUUAACAUGGAUGUACCAAGGGAAUUGCUGUUCAACUUUUCUGCAGAUUGCUUUGGACUAUCAAUGAAAGCCAUUUUGGAACACUGUGGGCAAGAAAAGCCUGUGAUGAAAACCAAGAGAAAUGUCUGACAAUCAUUUUCGUCAUCCUAAAAAAAGACUUAUUAAUGAUCAAUGGCACUUUGUUUGGAUUCUGAGCCACCACUUUCUACAAUGUUCAAAUGUUGGGAUUUGUGAGGGAGGUUCAUCACAAGGGACCCUGGACUACCAAAAGCACAAGAAUAAUUCAUAUAGACCAGAUCCCGUAACAUUGGGUACUUGCCCGUUUCUGCUCUUUUUAGGUAAAGUAGGCUAUGCGUAGACAAAGGGUUCUCAAUUGAGAACACCUUAAGCUAUUAAAUGUGGAUCUGAGGAGAAAACAACAGAGGAGUAAGGGCACUCUUAAUUGUAUUUUAUGUUAAUAUUUUGACAUCAAAUCCGUUUAUAACAUGGUAGUCUUAUUAUCUCACUCAGGUGUGUAGGCAUUUAAAUGUGCAUAAAGCAAACCUCCUGGACUGCUUUUUGAAUCUCCAUGAUGAAGCCAUGUGUAUAUGCUGUUAAAACUGAGACUCUGAACAGACUGAGAAUACAGGUGUGCCAAAACAACUAACCUGUAUUUUCACAUCCGCUGUUACUGAUACUGUAUAUCACCUGACAUUUUCAUAACCAAUAACGCUUUUCAAUAUUAAGGGCUAUACAACACACACGUGUUAGUGAUACAUACAAUGGCUUAUUCAUGAUUACUUAAAUUACUUAUUAAUGUAAUUAUUUGCAGAAAGAUAUAGUUCGCAAUUAUUUACAAAAUGUAAAUCUUGGAUCGGUCCUUUGCUGAAUGAUUCUGACCUCUGAAAAAAACAUCCACGUCUCAUUCAUUCACUUUACAAAUUAAACAUUAUCAUAAUCAGCAUUAUCAUACAAAGUAAAUCUACAAACUGAUCGUCUUUUUGUCAUAGAUUUUAUACCUCUUGGUUAAAUUUCAUUGUAAUAAAGUAUAAAUUACAGACCAUUUGCAUAUUAUGACUCCGAGUAAAUAUGUUCAGGAGUAGUUUAUAUUACAUCAGAAGAGGAUCGAUGGUAACGUUCAUUUAACUUUUCACUGGAACUAGUGUGUAUCUUAAUAAAAUAGGAAUAAAACAUAAGGACAAUCUUCCUAACAGCUCUGUAAUACUUAGGUGUUUGUUAUUGUCAUUACUACGACAGUUAAUAUUAUGGUUAUUGGUGAUUAUCUUGUUGUUAUGGUUAUCUUAUGAUUAUGAUGGUGAUUUAUUUCCUCUGUGGUUUUAGAGUGUUUUUUGUUUUAUAUAUCUUUCUCAUGAAAUUCUUUUGAAAUUAUGAGUAGAAAAUAGAAGCACAAACUUUAAAUCCACUCAUUUGCCAAUUCUUCGUGCAUUCCUAAUGAUGAGGAGUGCCUUCAAAACUUCUUAGUGUGAUGUCAUAUUGUAAUUGUUCUGAGCCUGCAAAUGUCAUUCCGUGUUGCAGACAUCACAAUGGGUUUAUAAAUGAUGUCAUAGGUUGUUUGUUGUAUGUAUGUAACUGAAUGUCUUAUUUUGUUGAUUAAGUAAAAUAUAAUUUUUUAAAAUGUUUAUUUCAGGGACAAUUAGAAUCAAUUUAGUAUUUUCUUGUCAUAAAAAUCUGUAGCAAUGUCUAUUCAGUUUUGUAUUCACAAGCCAUAAUUAUGAAAAGUUUAUGAAAUUUCUUUACAAGGCUUAUUACUGCAGAAAAUAACAAACACUGGAUGUGCAAAUAAAGCCCUGAAGCGUUUUACAAGGUUGGUAGCGAACAAUGGAAUGUGCAUUGAUCGCACAGGCAAGCAAGACAACGAAGUACAUAACGGUAUAAGAAUGUUUAAGGAUGUGCAAAAGCAGAAUACCUGUUUGAGUAAAUCACUUAAAAUCAAGGUUAAACCCAAUUAUAUUUACAUUUAAUUUACUAUUAUAACAAAUGUCCUCGAGACAUAAAUAUUUAUUGAAUCCUCAACUGAAUAAAUCUGAAGAAUAAAAUUAAUGAAACUUUUGCCUUAAAUGUCAGUAACAUACAUAAACACUUGAAUUAUGUAUUGUAUACACUUUAACACAUGUAUUCGUCAAUUUGUGUAUUAUUUAUUAUGCAUUAUUUAAAUAUUUAUGACAAUCUUACAUGAAACAUCAGGAUAAAAAUAAGGCUAGAAAUUCCAAGGCAGCCAUUUUGAUAAGGACCAGAAUGAAUUUGAGCUGUCAGUAUGCGAUAAAAUGGCCACUAUAAGACCUCGUAAGGUGAAAACAUGAAACUAAAGGCAAUUAAAAAAAAUGGAGACCGAAUGGAUUAUAUUAUAUUCAAUUUUAUAACAAUAUUUAUCUAGUUGUAUGUCGAAUGUACCCCGUAGUCCUGAAAUAGGUUAUUGCUAGCUCGCUAACAACAAAAUUGACCACCACCACCACAACACACCAAAACGCUUAUUUCAACCGAACGCUAAACGCAUUCAAUCAAACGUUACAUUACGCAAUCAGAAAGGCACGAAUCCUAUUGUUAUUAUGAGGCAUAGACAUACAAAAGAAUGCGACCAUUACGUGUUCUUGUUUCUGACAAAUACAACAACAAAUCUCGAUGACAACAAAAACACAGUGGACAGAAGUCAGGGUAGCCGGAAGUGUUACAAAGUCCGGAAACGACCAAUGUUGAACGCUCCCACGUCACUCGUUCCUAUAUAAAACACCAAUAUAGACCGUCCAAAAUAUUUUAGCCGACAAAAAAGAAAACUAAAAUAUUAAAAAAUAACAACAACUAAAAAAACAUAGGUCGUAAUAUGGUUUGAUAAAAUAUGCACAGGAUACAACUACGAUAAGUUCUUCAAUGUGAGAGACGCUCGCGGUCUCAUGCUAUGAUCGCAGCACAGUUGCAGUGGAGUCUGCUAGUUAGCUGUAGCUAAAAGGCUAACCAUUGGAAAACAGCGCGCAGAGCUGCUGGGGUGCAUGAGCGAGGGGGCAGGGUGGGAGAGAGAAUAGCAGGCCCCGUUCAUCUUGACCAGGCUAAAAGAUGGAUGCAUAGUAAGGAGAGAAGAGACAGAAAGGAAAUUGUUACAGCUCACGAGAAUGGUGAAGGAGGAUUUUGCUUUCAACUAUGAAAAAGAGAAUAUGGGAAAUAUAUUAACUGACACAAGGAAACAGAGAUUUAAGCCACUUUUCCCAAGAGUGAAUGAAGAAUGAAUAAAUAUUGAUUGAAAUGAAGCCCAUGGAAUGUGGAGGAUCAAUCCAAUUCUAGUAUGGUCAUGAACUGAAAAAAUGUAACCAAGCAAGUGGAAUUUAUUUUUCACUCUAAGCAAACUACAUGAAGCACUUAAAUGCCCUUCCAAAAGUGUGAACAUAAAAUUGUCACAUUUUUCUACCAUAUUUUUUUGCACUCUUAACGGAACAUUUGUACUGAAAUGUUGAUACCAAAAGUGAAUUAUUCAAUGUAACUGUGAAUAUAUGGAAUCCAUAUGAACUAAACAAUAUAACUGGGAUUAUGUGGAAUUCAAGUGUUGAGACUGAAUGGAGUCGAGUCUGUUCUUUCCACAGAGUGACAUUACCAGCCAUUAAGAAAUAAAAUACAGAUUUAUAGCUCCAAACACAAUGAACAGUUCAACAUAUUCAACAGUUUUAUGCAGAAAUUACAAAUUCAUGACACAAUCAAUACAAAAAUGUCUACAAGUUGCCUCCCUGGACUACUUGGCCAAAGAAAAUGGAACACAUGGCAUUAUUUUUAAACGAAAUACCUUCAGUAGCAUGAAAAGUACUAAUGAAAUGGAAGUUGAAGUGCCAGCCUGCUUAUGAGGUUGCUCAGUUUUUAAUAUCGCUUCUGACUUUUCCAACCAAAACGCAUUAAGAACACAGUGAAAAUAUUGUUGCUGCUCAUAGAGCAGAUGGUGUUGCCUUUGUGCACCCAUGCUUCAGUGACUGGGAGAUGUACCAGUUUGGAAAAUACAAUGUGGACAUCAUAGAGAUGCUGAGUGGACACCAGGCCCAUCAGUUUAAAGGUCUUGGAUUAGAGCGACAACUUCAACACCAACAGCAAGUACAGCUUCACCAACACCAGUUACAGCAGCAACAACAGCAGCAAAGUGAAACGUCUGGGUCACUUUUUUCGGGACUUGGCUUAGGCCCGCUACAAGGAUCUAGAGGCAGUGCCUUUUCAGAUUCUGCAUCACUUUUUGCAAAAAUGAGCGCACCUCCCCCACCUCUGCAACAGCAAUCUCUUUCAUCAUCCUCUCAGAGUUUAAGGAAAUCAAGCAAAAUGUCUGGUGGCAGUAGUAGUGGUGGAAGUCACGUGAGUGGAUAUCCCCAGUUUUUACGCUCAUUUCAUCCAACUGAGGCAGCCCUUGCACAAGAGCAGCUGCACUCAGGAGUUGGACGAUUUGAUCAUUUUGCUAGCAGUAGUGGUAGUGGAGGACUGGUUUCAUCUGUUCCACCGCCCCCACCCCCAUUGCAUCCUGGCCUGUCAGGACCUCAGGCAUCCCCUGGGCCAUCUUCCUCCUCCCCAUCUCCAUCAAGUUCUGUUUCAACCUCCAAUAACCCUCCCAGUAGUAGUGCAGUAACUACCUUAGGUCAUCAGCUGGCAGGAUCUCAGUCUGAUGCCCGGAGCCUCCAUCAACAGUUUAGCUGCAUGUUAGCGGCAAAUCAGUAUUUCCUUUCUGGAGUACCAGCCAAUUCCAGUCUAGAACAAUUUUUAGUUCAGCAAGGCAGUCACAACCAUCUUGGUCUUGGUCUGGGCCAAACUGCAUUAGAGACAAGUUCAGCUCUUGCUCCACCCCCUGCUCUUCAUUCUUCACACACCCAUGGUCAUUCAGCCACUUUAUCACAACCCCAGCAUCCAACGCCACAGCAGCAGCAACUGCCAUCUCACACCCUGUCUCACCCUCACUCGCAUCCCCACCACCCACUGCACUCCUCCCAGUCCUCUUCACUAGGAAGUUUUGACUUCCAAGGAAUCCCAGUACUUUCCUCCAACCAGCUGGCAUCUCUGAUGCAACAGGAAGCUGGUUUACCCCUUCCUCUUCCUUUACACCUUUCUUUAUCUAAAGAGGAGGGAAAAGCGUAUAGUACUGGAGGAGGUGGAAGUGGAAGCAGGCGGAAGAAAGCAAUGGCUGGCUACUUGCCCCAGAGAAAGAAUGAUUGCAACAACAGCAGUAACAGUCACAGCUCUGAAAACCCCAACUCCAACAGUAGCACAUCAGGGGGGCUCAACCAGGAUAAUACAGCAGGCUUGGAUGGAGGUGGGGGUGUCGACUUGUCUGGUAUUAGUGGAGACCCUCCUUCCCACCUAACUUCCUCAUCCUCCACCUCUGUUGUCUCAUCAUCUUCUACAUCAGCACCAGUCUUAGUGACAAAUGGCUCUAAAACAGAAAACCAUGGUUCCAUGCCACCUCAGUCUCAGCCUGGACAAGAACACCUUUAUCAGUGUGGAGAGUGUGGCAAAACUUUCACACAUCUCUCCAGUCUGCGCAGGCACCUACGCAGUCAUGAAUUAACCACAGCUGGCACAAGUGGCACGAGACGUAACAUUAUAAACCCUGUAUUGCAUCCUGCUGAUCCAACUAUUCCCCACUCUACUCAAGAGGCAUCAGCCUCAUCUUCGUGUGCCAGUCCUGACAAGACGUUUCUUUGUUCAGAGUGUGGCAAAGGUUUCAAGAAAAAGGGACACCUCCUUCAGCAUGGUGUUAUACACUCUGGGGCGCGGCCCUAUGCGUGCACAACUUGCAGUCGUGCUUUCAAUCGUCGUGAGUCACUCACCCGCCAUGAAAAGAUACAUGAAGAGAAACCGUUCCGCUGUCCAGCUUGCGGUCGCUGUUUUCGGGAAAGUACUUCCCUUUUAAACCAUGCAGCUUCAGGUACCUGUGGAAAAUCAGGACGUACACCAAGAUCUAAGCAUGAAAGUAAUGUAGUUGAAAGCAAGAGCAAUAAAGCUGGGGGCUCCCAAGAUGGAAUAGCAACUAAUGCAGCGGGUUCUUACCGGAGCGAUGGCUUCACUGAUGACUACAAGGACCAACGCUCUCAAGGGAAUAUGUACUCUGGAACGUCUUCAUGUAGUGGUGGCAGCAUGACAGGGCCUGCACUUAGGAAGGCACCCUUAGCUCCUACUCUGCAUCCACACCCACCAAACCAAAACCAGCAACAUCAUCACCAACAGCCACACCUCCCACUUUCAUCUCUGCUGGAUGAUUCUGAAGAUGACGUCACUAGUUCGGUCAACAAUGCCAUUUCUGCCAUCACUGCUGCAGCUGCAAAUUGUAUGAGCAGUGAUCUUUCUCAUAGUGGAGGUAGAGGGGAUGAUCGAAGGGACAUCAUCGGUGGUUUGCUUGGAGGUCUGGGUCUUGGGCCCCUUAGUUCACCUAGUGGUCCAUCAUCUACAUCUGGUCUGGAGAAGUCCUACAGGGCUAACGCUAGCCAGAGUACAGCGAUCCUCAACCAGCAGCUAAAUCAGCAGGCCCCUCUUGGAAAGCCCAAGCGCCCUCGUAAGCCCCGCAAAAAAAAGGAACCUGGUGCAGUUGGUGUUGAGGCUCCUAAAAGACAACAGUCCACUCACAGACCAGGAGAGCCUGGUGGAGAUAUUAGACCGUAUUUGUGCAGUGUCUGUGGUCGAGGAUUUGCAAGGAGAGAAACAUUGCGAAGACAUGACAGAAUACACACUGGAGAAAAACCCCACCAUUGUACUGUCUGUGGCAAGUACUUCAGAGAGGCAUUUCAUCUCAGUAAGCAUCACACAGUGCAUACUGGCGAGAAAAACUACAAAUGCCUCCUCUGUGGUAAAGACUUUGGAUAUGCUCAGAGCCUUAAAAGACACGGCAAGCUACAUCAGAAAGGAGAACUGGAAGAAGUGCCAACAACACCAGGUGGGGAAAACCUUAACAGCUAUACAUCCCCUGGUGGCAGCUUGAUUCAGGGCGGUCAGGGCAGCUCUUCGUCAUUCUAUUCUUACGUUCAAGACAUAAAACCGCAGACAUCAAAUGCACAGCCCCCUCCUAGACUGUACACAUGUGCUAUAUGCUGGAAAUCAUUCCGCCAUCACUUUCACUUGACCGCACAUCACCAAACGGUUCAUGAGGGGGGUGGUGAAAAGCUGUUUUCUUGCGAAAUCUGUGGAAAGGCUUUUGCAUACUCAAACAGCCUUACAAGACACAGGCUUUCACAGCAUGGCUUAACACGGACUGGCCAGGCAGUCGCUCAGAGGUGCACAGGGGAAGACAGCAGUGUCGGUGGUUCAAUGUCCGAAAACGAAGCUGCUACAAAUGCUUUGCUUCAGCUUGCACCACCAAGUAGCACACAUGGCGAACAACAGUCUCAUGGUGGUGUUCUUCACAGCCAGACUCCACCCCAACCACAAGCUGGCUACUCACCUUUCUUCUACUUGCCUGAUUCCAAUACAUCGCACCCUUCCUCAUCCAAUACCUCAACUUAUUCCCAUUCUCUGCCCUCAAGCCUUCUUUGUAACCAUCAGCAACAACACACCGGGGUAAAGGGUGAGCCCAUUUACCAAACUGGUCACGGGCAUACUCUUAAUACAAACCUACCUGUGCAUCCGCUUGCCUUGUCUCUAUCAGAGCCACACCAACAGCACCACAACCCCCAGCAACAUUCGGCUGAGAUUCAAUCUACACACCACUCAACUUUUCAAAGCCAAGACGAGCUGAGGAGACGAAAGAAAAAAAAAAAAAGACGGGAAGAGAGAGGGGAGAUAGGCUACAAAUGGACCCCCGCUGCAAGAGUGGAGAGAGAACAGGUGGAAGUCUCACUUGGGGAAAGGCAAAAAAAUGAAAGGAGGAAACUACCGAGGCGGAGGAGGAGAGCGAUUCACAGGACACACCGCAAAAUUAAGGAGCGCAUGGCUGUGCUUGUCCGAAUUCGACGAGGACGUGGAGGGAGUGCUGUAUAUGAACUGGGCCUUCCAGGUGGACUAAAGCUUAACCGUUUGCGUUCUCUCAAAGUUCCUCUAAAACGAAAGUCAUGCCCCCUUUGUCUUGGACCUACCUUCUCACAACAGGCAGCACUUAAAGUUCAUAUAGCAGCUAGACACUGUCCCAGAGUGAGUGGCCUUCAGCAUCGUUUGCGAUGUCCAGUUUGUGGAAAACAGUCUCGCAAGUUCCUCUCAGCCCUUAUUCACAGAAGCUCCCAUUUAGCCAACAGAGCAUUUUCUUGCAAACAUUGUCCCUGUCGUUUCUGGAAUGCCAUGCUCCUCACAAGGCACAAAAAGGUGUGCCGGGGAACUCUGGACAGUUUUAGACGAGAGAGGGCUCUUUGUGUGAAAUUAGUGAUGGGAUCAACCUACAGAAGGUUUGAGUGUAAAGGGAACUCUUCAGCACUGCAUAUGGAUUACAGUCAAUAAACAUUUUCUAUGUUGAGGUAGAGAGGACAUACGAAAUGAAAUAUUAUUGGAUUUUUCAUGUACUCAUUUAGUCUUUGACUUUGUCUAUGUGAGAGCUUCUUUUUCUCUUUCAAUCAGUACAUUUUCUCUUGUAAUGUGGACCCCUAAAAUGAAGACCCUCAACAAACUCACAAAAGAUUCAAAGGCUUUCAGCAAAUUUAAAUCCUAUACCACACCAAUCGUCUGAGAGAACACUUUUGUUAAUAUUGAAAUUACCCUUCUGUACUUGGCUGGCAAUAGAUAAAGUCUUAGUGAUUUGACUAAUACUGUGCUUUAUCCUAACAGUUGGCUAUUCCUCAAUAGUGUUCCUCAACAAAUGUUCUGUAGAAUUCUUUUGUCUUUAAUAUAUAUUGUGUUUUUGAUGUUCA